AUUUUGCCUGCCUCUCGCCGUCUUCUCAACUUCUCAUUUUCUCGUCCUUAUUCUCGCCUGCCCUCGCACCUCGCCGUCUCUGCCGCCCGCUUUCACCCGUUCAUGGCUCUAUUAGCGCGCCUCCCAUCGCCGUCGCUCGCGUCUCGAGUCACCUCGCGCCAGCAGAGCGCAGCGGAGCUGCUGUCCGCCGCCGCUGCUCUCCGCGCAGCGCACCCCCUCCUCUCCGCCGCCGCCUCGCCGUGCGCGCUCUCCGCUUCACCCGCGCCGUCAGCCGCGGCGGAAUUCGACGUUGCGCCGUUCUGCCCGCUCUUCUCGUCGCGACGCACCGCUCGAUUCGCGCAGCGGAGGGGUUCAAGAGCCGCGAGGCACGUGGCGCGCGCUAUGGCGGAGGCGGACGCCGCAACUGCCGCCGUGAACGGCGGAGCUGCCGCAGCGGUGCCCUCAGCGAGCGACGGGCAGCGCGUGGCGACGGUGGCGCGGACGACCAAGGAGACGGACGUGGAGGUAACGAUCGCCAUCGAUGGGGACGGCGUGUGCCAAUCAGCGACCGGCAUUCCGUUCCUCGACCACAUGAUGGACCAGCUGGCGUCGCACGGGUUGUUUGACGUGGCGGUGCGCGCGGUGGGCGAUGUGCACAUCGACGACCACCACACCAACGAGGACAUCGGCCUCGCCCUCGGCACGGCCCUGGCCAAGGCUCUGGGCGACCGCAAGGGCAUUCGCCGCUUCGGUGACUUCUGCGCUCCGCUGGACGAGGCGCUCAUCCACGUGGUGCUGGACCUGUCAGGGCGGCCGCACCUCUCGUUUGAUGUGACCAUGCCCACAGAGAGAGUCGGCACGUACGACACGCAGCUGGUGGAGCAUUUCUUCCAGUCGCUCGUCAACACCAGCGGCAUGACACUGCACAUCCGCCAGCUGGCGGGCAGCAACACGCACCACAUCAUUGAGGCCACCUUCAAGGCGUUUGCCAGGGCGCUCAGACAGGCCACUGAGAUCGACCCCCGCCGAGCACACUCCGUGCCCAGUUCCAAGGGAGUGCUCUCACGCACGUGAUGCGUCUGCUGCUCCACAGUGACACCCUAGGAAUCCCGAUGCAUUCACCCGCAGCGAGACAAUCAGGGUGGUGUUGACGUGUUACUGUUGUUGCGUAGUGCAUAUGCUGGUGCACAACAUUCGGGAUGGGGUUGUAAAGCUGUGGCGUGGGCCUCUUCGUUCAUCUAGUUCCACCAUCUAUUCAACCAUGUUCGGAUUCCAUUUUGUAGAUUUCUAGACUCUGCUCGUUUGCCAAUAUUUUUUACGCAUUUGUGGGAGCCCCU